ACACACAUCCGUCGCAGUUUAAAUAUCUUAGCGACCAAAUCGAGAGCGUCUCUCGUGUGGUUGCGUUGCAAACGAUACUCUAUAACGCGGAGUCAAACGAGGGCGUCUUGUUAUUUGAUGAUGACAUGGAUGACGGAGACUGCGUUAUUUUGUCAGUUUGAUCACAUCUGAACGUAUUAGCCAACACAAUGCCACCCAAACGGAGAGGUCCUUUGCUAAACCUUCAAAAAGAAGCGGAUGGCUUGAAGACGAAGCUGGACAAAUUGUUGGUUGACGUCAACCAGCUUGAUGAACAAAACCGUGCUGAUUUAAGACAGAGAUGUUGUGAGCUGCUCAGCGCAGUGGAGGAGACCACACAAGCUUUGAAGAAAUUAACUAAAGCAGAUGAGCUUGCGCCAGUAGGCAACUAUGAGCUGUUUAAGCGGGAGGAGGAGACGCGCCUGCAGGACUUCCACAACCAGCUCCGCGCCCUGGAGCUGAACCUUCAGUCCCCAGAGACCUCCGAGGCCAGUGAGAGGUUGUCAGCACAGGCACCAGCAGGAGAUCAGGAGAGUGAUGAAGAGAGUGAGGACGAGGAGGAGAGCGAAGAUGACGAUGAGGAGGAGGAGGAGGAAGAAGAAGGAGAUGACAUCAAUGAUGAGUUAGAUGCGGAGAUGGAGAGAGUGGUUGCCAUCAGUGCUUUCAAAGGAGAACAGGAUGAGGACCUCUCUAUGGAGAAGGGAGAUGUGCUGCACAUCCUUAAGAAGAACAAAGAUGGAUGGUGGCUCGCACAGGACUCAAAGGGGAACAAGGGGCUAGUGCCCAAAACCUACCUGAAGGCUCAGCCUCUGCAAGAGGAAGAGGAGGAGGAUGAGGAGGAUGACGAGAGUGAAAAGGAAGGAGAUGACCUGGAUGAAGAGACCAAAAACAAACGGAGCUCCAUUCACUCUAACUGGGACACUGUCAGAAAGGCCAUCACAGAGAUUGAUGCUACCGAUGUUUUGUCUGCCAUGGGAGCAAUCCCAGCUGGCUUCAGACCGUCAACCUUGUCUAAACUGCUGGAUGAGGGAAUCACUCACCGGGGAAGUCACUACAUUCAGCCAGAGCUCAGCCAAUCCAAUCUCUCCUUUAAAGACCUCUUCCUGGAUCCAGAUACUGGCAAGGUCCGUGCUCGCACCUCAAGGGUGUGUCUGUCUCUGUCUCUGUGGAGUUGCAGGAUGAUCCCGCCCCCAGGAGUGGGGUUACAGGUUCUAAGUCGACACAUCCGCUUCUGCGCCUUUGAUGGAGAGCAGGUGCUGAGUAACAUCUACACGGUCCGAGCAACGUACAGCCCAAAAAACCCUAAGACCUGGAGCUUCUCACCAAGGAUGAGUGGGCAGCUGCCCAGUCUUCUGGAUGGAGAGUGCUUCCUGCGCUGCAACUCUGCCUCUGCCAACCUGGGCAUUCUCUUUGAGCUGGGGGUCACCUACAUCAGAAAUUCCACAGGUGAACAGGGUGAUUUGAGCUGUGGCUGGACCUUUCUCAAGCUCCAUGACGCCAGUGGAGCUCUUAUACCCUUGCGGACCCAUGAGCUCAUUCUACAUGGAGGCACUCCAUACGAGACAGAUGUGGAGGUGGAUCCCUCCCUCACCAAAGGAGCUACGGGCAGUGUGUUCCAGCAGAUGAUGAUGGCCAGGAGAGUUCCCAAACUCAUAAUCAAGCUACGGACACCAAACAGCAGGACCAUGGCUCAUUUAAAUCUUCUGCCGGACACCUUUGUGGGCAGUCUCUGUUCUGUUCAACUGCUGGCCUUGUAUAGACAGAUGCUGGCUGACACUCUCCUGCUGGAUAGAGUUACCAUGCAAAGUGCAGAUUUGAUCUGCAGCUCAGUUCUGGCAACCUUCCCUGGGGUACUGGAUCAAUCGGAUCUGCUGGAUGCCCUCCAAAGUGCGUGGGAAAAUGCAGAAAAACUCAUGAAGAGGUCAGAGAAGCGGGACAUGUCUGUUGUGAAACGGGAGUUUGUAAGGGUGUACAUGGACCAUGUGUUUCCCCUGCUCUACUCUGCGGACAUGCCCACGCCUCACUGGGCAGAUGAGGAGGUAGCCAAUCAGAGAGCUCGAACCAUUUUCACCAGCAAACCAUCCAGCGACUGUGGCCAUCAAGCUUUUGACAUCUCCCAGGUCACCUAUGACCUCCUCAGCUCAGCCAGACACUGACCAGUGAGGGCAGAACAUCACCCAACACUGACCAAUCAUUGUUAAGCAUGGCUAUUUAUUUAGCAGUCAAUGUACAGAUAUAUCUUAUGUUGUCCAAACGCCUGCAUGUGUCACUUAACAAAAAACAUGGAAAAAAAGCACAGUGUAUUUAUUGAAUCAUAAUAAAUAUUUUUUAGAAACUUAA